CUUGAAAAACUGCUCUUAUUUUUUUAACUUUUUUAAAAGAAAUGUUCCUUGUUCCUACAAAAUGUCAUUCAAAUUGGAUAUAAAUCUGGAUUUCAUACCAACUUAUUACUACACUGAAGAAAAUCAAAUUAAAUUCGACCCGGCACUUUACGUACAAAGAUAUUGUUUUGUAGCCAAAGUUUUGGGACACAAACUCUUCAAAAAUGAAAUCAAAAAGGUAGUUGACUUUGGAUGUGCUGAGAUGAAAUUUUUCAAUACGAUUCGGUAUAAUUUGCCGGAAAUUGAGCAUGUUGUUGAAAUCGACAUUGACGAAGAAUUACUUCGCCGCAACAUGUUCGUGGUUGAACCUCUUAUGGUUGACUAUUACUCAUUACGUCCCAAACCCUUAAAAGUUGAGGUCUACAAAGGAAGUAUUGCCAGCAAAAGUCAAUGUCUUCAACAAACAGAUGCCGUAGUCGCCAUUGAACUCAUCGAGCACUUAACAGAAGACCAUUUAAAACGAAUGCCAUCCGUCGUUUUUGAAUUCAUGAAACCAAAAAUUGCAAUUUUCACCACUCCAAACCGUGAAGCGAACGUCUUAUUUCCGGAUUUGCAAACAUUUCGCCAUCCAGAUCACAAAUUCGAAUGGACUCGAGAAGAAUUUGAAAAUUGGGCGAAUGAUGUUUGCCGAACCUACCCGAGUUAUUCUGUGAUGUUUUAUCAAAUUGGAGCAGUGCCUCCCGAAUUAGAUGUCGGAGGAGUGAGUCAAGCCGCUGUUUUUUUACUGAAGGAUUUUGUAAAUAGCUUAGAAAGUACGGUAGAUGAUGUUGCGGAGAAAUUUAAAGCUUCGUGUCAAACAGAAAGUCCUGAAAAGAAGGAAAAAAUCAAUGAAGACGAUUUUGAAUUAAUUUUUUCAGUUGAUUACACGUACGACAAACGCAGUGACUCACAAAAAAUUAUCGAUGACUGCAAGUUUCAUAUAAAUCAAAAUAUUAAAAAGUACACGAAUUACGAUGGAAGUCUCUCAAUAAUACCGUUGAAUGUUUUAUUUGAACUUUUAUCUCCGCUGUGUGGAUCGACAGAGCAACUAAAGGAAUUAUUAGUCAAAGAAGGAUACAAAGUCGAAGAGGAACAUGUGAUAAUUGAUUUAAUUGAAGACGAAUCUCUUGAAAGUUUAAAUGAUGAAUUAUUAAAUGACGAGUUUUCACCUAAUUAUGAAGUCGAAAGAACGGAAGAAGAAGAAGAAAAUUGGGAUUAAAUCUUUGAAUUUAAACGA